CGAUCGCCGAGCAAGAUGGGACGUCCGGCCUUGCGCGAUAUGACCAAUGACCCCGGACCUCAUGGAGCCCCGCGGAAGCGCAAACUGAUGGUGGACAUGGGGAAGGAGCGCCUCAUGAUGAUGGAACGUGGAAUGGCCUCAAAGGAAGCACGCACGAAGCUCCAUGGGGUCGGCCUUGCCAAACCCGCCUCAAGCAAGGAGACGAGCAGCAACGCGUUCUUCCUGCGGCUCCUCAUGGAGACGCCAGCGGUGCAGGAAGCGAGCUUGCGCAAGAUGCCCCAGCACCGCCGGACGAAGAAGUCGCGCAGUCGAUUGAGUCUCGUCCAUGGCGACGAGCGCCGCCGACUCGCCUUUGAGGACAUAAGCGACGACGAGAGUUUGUCGGCAGGUAGCUCUCCAUGCAUGGCGCGAGACCGCGAGCAUGGAUACGAAGCAUCAUCAUCGAACCAGGGCUGUCGCCAGCCUACGUGGCUCCUUCGGCGCACCAUGGCACUUCGGUCGUACAAGGGGUUCCAUCCACGAGCAGCAUGGACAUCAGCGCAUCGUUGCACUCGCACGUUCACUCGACCCUCAACCUCUCGCUGGACGAUCUCUCCAUGGCAGAGCUCAUCCCACCCGAACGCCCUGCACUGAUGAAUCUUUCCAUGAACGAUGAGGACGAGCGAUGCGACGCUGUGGCGGACGCACCACCAUCACACCAAGGACUAUUGUCGUCCCGCCCACAUCCAAACCCAUCCUGCAGUAUUUCGAGCUUCUCAAGCCAUGCCGAGAUGAGCGACGCCCCCCACAUGGCGCCACCUCGUCGAGCGCAUGCGACCCACAAGCAAGCAAAGCCCUCGCCUGCCGUCAAGGCUGCUCCGAUCGGCAAGCCCAAGAUUGCCACCAAGCCUCGGAGGCAGCCACCGCCCGCCAAACGCCCACCGUCACCACAACGGACGAAACCCAAGACGACAUCGUCGCUGCCCCAGCGCGAUCGGCUCUCGCAGGCGUUUUUGCAGCGUCCGUCGCCGCCAUCGUCGCCACCUCGCCGGACUGCCGCCACGUACCGCUUGGACCGAAACAACCUUUGUUGCUUGCAGCAAUUAUUUCUCGUGUAAGACGAGUUAGCGCGUCGUGUUGCGCGGGCGCACAAACAUCUCUUCCUUGGUCU